GAGAAGUACAAGUGUCCUCCUUUCUUGACUACUGAUCUUUUAACUGUGUUAUCGAAACAAGAAGACGAUGGACGGCCAGCUGUUGCUGCUCACAGGACUGAUGGCCAUCACGGCUUGUUCUAAAUCUCUCUGUGCAUCAGACAGGUGCCGUGAGGAGGUGGGUCGUCUGCGGGAACAGGAGAAGCUCCUGAAAGGCCAGCUUCAGAAACAAGAACUCCUGCUACAGAGAUUACAACUGCUGAACCAACCUGGAAACAAGGACAAAGCUGUAUCCGACCAGAGCCAGGACACCCAGUACACAGACUGCUCCCAUCUCUACAGUUCUGGCUCCAAGUCCAGUGGUUUCUACAGAAUCAAACCCCACGGCAGCCCCUCUCCAGUCAGAGUCUACUGUGAUAUGAGUGAUGGAGGUGGUUGGAUCGUCAUUCAGAGACGGAUCAAUGGAACAGAGACGUUUAACAGGUCAUGGGCGGAGUAUAAGGAUGGUUUUGGAGACACGGAUGCAGAAUUAGGAGAGUUUUGGCUUGGAAAUGACAACCUGCAUUACAUCACUGCACAAGGGAACUAUUCUCUGAGGAUUAACCUGGAAGACUUUGAUGGUAACCAGCGCUAUGCAGAGUACAAGAACUUCAAAGUGGACGAUGAAAAGGAACACUACCGACUUACCUUUGGGACCUAUGUGGGCACAGCUGGAGAUGCUCUCUCUGGAAGUUAUCAGGCUGGUGUGUCGGAGUGGGCCAGUCAUCAGGGUAUCAAAUUCAGCACCUACGACCAGGACAACGAUAACUACAACGGAAACUGCGCUCAGGAAGACAAAGGAGGCUGGUGGUUCAACAAGUGUCACUCAGCCCAUUUGAACGGCAUGUACUACCCCAAUGGGCACUACAAUGCCUUGACAGAUGACGGUAUUGUUUGGUACACUUGGAGAGGGUGGUGGUACUCCCUGAAGACCAGCAUCAUGAAGCUCCGGCCCACUGACUUCAAAAUUGACCCUAUUGACGACCCCAAUGCUGUUCACCACACGCCUGUUUCCUAGAUCAGACAUCAUGAGCAUAAGCAGAUGUCCAAUCUUCUUGGCCUGAUUAUUUUGGGAAGACACGGCUUGACAAACAUGUAUAAACUGGUGUAAAAUCAUAUUUACAAUUUAAGAAAAUAAACAUAAAUCUCAUCUUGUAAUCUUCUCAAAUUCCAUGUGGACCUGUUCACAAACUAAGUACUUAUCAUCCUCACUGACAUCUUGUAACAAAUAUGCUUUGUGUGCUAUCACAUUGCAUAUGGGUGGAGAAAACUAUCAAGCAUUAAGUAGAGUAAAUACAGCCAAGAUGACCCAAAGAUUCAAUCACUCAAAUGUCUUAAGUGCACUUAAAUAAAUCUGUACACUUUAACAACAUUUUGAAAUCCUUCAAGACUUCAGAAGCUUAUAUGAAUCAUACUUGUAAGAGGACUUGUGAAACUUACUGCCUAGUUUAGAGACAUGAAUGUUGGAAGGAGAAGUAGUCUGCUCACCCAGCGUUCUGUUUUGGUGGAAAAAAAGGGAAAUCUGAUGUUAGUGUGUUUGCCAGACACAGACAGAAGCAUUGGACUGAAAGCAUUGAAAGGAACCAUUAUCGUGUCAUUGAAACCAGCUGUAAGAAGCUCUGAAAGCCUUUAAAAAACAAAAAACAAAACAACAAUAUAUAGUAAAAGCAGCAGCUGAAUUUCCCAUGUUUUAUGAAGAUAAACAUGAGUGGGAUUUUUUUCUUAAGAUGUUACAAGUGACUUAAAUUACAUAUAUAAAGGAUUUCUUUUAGGGUUUUGGUAUACCUUGUAUUCAAUCUCACAAAUUCUCUUGUGAACA